AUGAUUAUGCUGACGUUGUAUUUCACUGCAUUAACAGAAACUCCGAAGUACAUCAAACACGAAGACACAACUGCCUGUGUUGUUUAUUGGUUAAAAUUAGCAUGGAAUAUCCACUAUCCUGAAAUUGUAACUCGCGAUGCGAGAAUUGUGGCAAGAAAGAUAACACAAUUCAUAGAGGAUAAUGAAAUCGAUCAGAAAAUUGGCUUGGAAAAUAUCACAUUAGUAGGUCAUGGUAUUGGUGCUCAUAUUGCCGGCUUUGUAGGACAACAUUUUAUCGCAGAACAAGACACAAAAAUUGGAGCUAUUUAUGCAUUAGAUCCUGCAGGUCCUUUAUACACGAAUCUUGUGCGUGAGAAACCUGAAAAUCGUUUGGACAAACACGAUGCUGAAUAUGUGCAAACAAUUUGCACAAACAUGGGCGGCUUUGGGGCAAAGAUAAAUCUGGGUCAUCAGAAUUUCAGACCCAAUUUGGGUUUGAGUCCACAACUGCCAUGUGCUUAUAGGAAUGAAAAUAAACUGUUUUCCUUUGACAUGAAAUGCAGUCACGAAAUUGCGACAGAUUAUUUCAGGUAUUCGCUGAAUCCGAAAAAUAAGUUUGUGGCUUUGCGAUGCACCAAAGAGAGAGAUAGUUACUUGAGGGACAAGUGUCAUAAGGAGAGAAUUUAUGAUCGAAUGGGAAUUCAUGCUAAACGGGAUUUUGGAGGAACUUAUUAUUUGGAACCUUUUGGAUCGGAGCCCUAUUCAAAGAAUGACAUUAAUGUCAUGAACUAUAAAAAAUUUAAAAACUUUGGGGUUUUCUUGUAA